AUGGCAGCCCCCGCCCUGCUGCUCCUGGCACUGCUGCUGCCCGCGGGGGCCUGGCCCGGGCUGCCCAGGAGGCCCUGUGUGCACUGCUGCCGCCCGGCCUGGCCCCCUGGACCCUAUGCCCGGGUGAAUGACAGGGACCUGUGGAGGGGGGACCUGUGGAGGGGGCUGCCUCGAGUACGGCCCACCAUAGACAUCGAAAUCCUCAAAGGUGAGAAGGGCGAGGCCGGCGUCCGAGGUCGUGCCGGCAGGAGCGGGAAAGAGGGGCCGCCGGGCGCCCGGGGCCUGCAGGGCCGCAAAGGCCAGAAGGGGCAGGUGGGGCCGCCGGGCGCCCCGUGCCAGCGCGCCUACGCGGCCUUCUCCGUGGGCCGGCGCGAGGGCCUGCACAGCUCCGACCACUUCCAGGCGGUGCCCUUCGACACGGAGCUGGUGAACCUGGACGGCGCCUUCGACCUGGCCGCGGGCCGCUUCCUCUGCACGGUGCCCGGCGUCUACUUCCUCAGCCUCAACGUGCACACCUGGAACUACAAGGAGACCUACCUGCACAUCAUGCUGAACCGGCGGCCCGCGGCCGUGCUCUACGCGCAGCCCAGCGAGCGCAGCGUCAUGCAGGCCCAGAGCCUGAUGCUGCUGCUGGCCGCGGGCGACGCCGUCUGGGUGCGCAUGUUCCAGCGCGACCAGGACAACGCCAUCUACGGCGAGCACGGAGACCUCUACAUCACCUUCAGCGGCCACCUGGUCAAGCCGGCCGCCGAGCUGUAG